GUGUACACAUAAUAUAUUUAUAAAAUACUUAUUAUAGUUAGUUAGUCGUGAUAUGCGUAUGUAAGGUGUGAUACAAUAUGCGGGCUUUUUUAAUUCUAGCGCUACUAUGCACAGUCCUGGCACACAUAGCAGAUGACUACUACGAGAUCCUGGGCAUCACCUCGCGUGCGAGCCAGGAAGACAUCAAGAAGUCAUAUCGAAAGCUGGCACGUCAAUACCAUCCUGAUAAGAAUACAGAAACCGAUACAUCUGAUAUGUUUCAGGCGAUUGCGGAAGCUUAUGAAGUUCUGAGUGAUCCGGAUAAAAGGUCAACGUAUGAUCAGUACGGAAAGGAAGGUCUUGAGAACGAAGCAAAGGGCGGAGGUGGCGGGGGCAGCCCAUUCAGCUCAUUCUUCUCAAACUUUGGAGGACAACAGCAGAAGCAAGGAAAGCCGAAGGGAACGGAAGCAAAUAUCUUUUUGGAUGUGUCUCUCGAAGAUUUAUACAACGGCCGAACGUUGCAAGUGGAAGUCGUCAACCAACAGCUGUGUUCACAUUGUAGGGGCACGGGGGCGAAUAGCAAAGACGAUGUACAUACAUGCACCAAGUGUAAGGGCUCAGGCACACGUGUUGUAAAGCAGCAGAUUGCGCCAGGGUUCUACCAGCAGGUUCAAACGCAGUGCAAUGCGUGUGGGGGUAAGGGACGAGUGGUGAAGAAGAAGUGCCACAAGUGCCACGGUCGCAAGGUGGAGCUGGGUCAACGCAUACUCUCUAUCGACGUUGAGCAGGGAAUGCCCAAUGGUGAACGUAUAGUGCUCGCUCGUGCGGGAGAUGAAGGGCCUGGUAUCAUCCCAGGGGACAUUGUAUACACAAUUCGCACUGCACCACAUCCCAUGUUCGUGCGCAGGGGUAUUCAUCUAUAUACCAGACUCAGUAUUACGCUUGCAGAAGCUCUGCUCGGCUUCGAGAAGAAAAUAACACACCUUGACGGGCACGAGGUGACCAUUGAACGAGACUCAGUGUCCCAGCCAGGUCAAGUAAUAAGCAAAGAGCACGAGGGAAUGCCGCAACACAACAUGCCGUCUGAGUCUGGUACACUGUACGUUGAAAUUCAAGUGGUGAUGCCAUCCAAACUAAGCGAAGACCAGAAAGCGGCGAUCAAGGCCGCCGUCGCAUAGACUAACUCCUAAUACGGGACAUCGCAUAAAAAUUGCGGUCGACAAUUAAAUAGCAUAAACCCAAACUCGAAUGCAACUAUUUACUCCACUAAGCUAUCAAGUUAAUGUAUGUAUCUUGACAUUCCGACGACAUAACGAUUGAAGGGUGCGUAGGGGUAUU